CCCCUCUCUUGUCUUUUCUGCAAGAAAAUGACUACCCUUUGGUUCCGAGAACCAGUCAACCUGCCUUUUCACUGUCUCCACUUCUCCACCGUCGCCUUUUUUAUUGCCGUUCCCUUUCUUUCUUCUUUCCAGCUUCCCGCUCUCUCUUUCGCUCUUUAAUCCGCUGCUCUUUCUUCAAGCUGAGACACUUGGCCACCGAUCUCUUCAGAAUCCUCCAGUCUCUGCUUCCCUUCCUGCUACUGCGUCACCUUUUUUUUUUGACCCAGAGCGAAAGCAUUCAGUUGGUUUCGUCGGAUCGAGAACGAACGAACUCAUUACCAGUCUAUCGACAGUUGGGUGGUGUUCUUUGCGUUCGGCACUUCCCAACAAUUCUCGAUCUGCACUCUCAAAUCUGAGGCAAACCAGCACAUUCCAAGAGGAGGAUCAGUAGCAAGGAUUUUAUUGUUUUGCGGAGGGCUUGCCGUAAGAAACUUGGUUUUUUGUACAGAAGAUGGUAUUAACACUGCAGCAAAGACCAACCGCCUCGGACCAUAAGUUUCCCACCGUUCAGCUCUUCCUUCUAUCAAUAUGCCGCGUCGCAGAGCCAAUUGCCUUGACUUCCAUUUUCCCAUACUCAUGGGUAAUGGUCAGGGACUUCCAUGUGGCUGAUGCCAGCAGCGCCUCUUUCUAUGCCGGUAUUCUUGUCUCUGCAUUCUCCCUUUGUGAAGCCCUCACCGGUAUGUUUUGGGGCGGUCUUUCAGACCGUGUCGGCCGCAAACCUGUUCUCAUCUCCGGCUGCUUUGGCACGAUGCUAUCCCUCCUCAUCGUGGGUUUCUCCUCUAAUUUCUGGGUGGCCCUCUUCGGACGGGCCCUUGGUGGAAUUUUAAACGGGAACAUCGGUGUGAUCCAGACCAUGGUCGGUGAAUUGGUCAAGAAUCCAGAGCAUGAACCCCGCGCUUACGCUGUGAUGCCUUUCGUGUGGUCUAUCGGUACGAUUAUCGGGCCAGCGAUUGGAGGUUUGCUGGCAAAGCCUGCUGAAAGUUUCCCCUCCCUGUUCUCUAUGAAUGGCCUAUUUGGCAAAUUCCCUUACCUUCUGCCUAAUCUCGUCUGCUCCGGAUUACUUCUCUGCAGCAUCAUCUCCAGCUGGAUCUUGCUCGAGGAGACGCAUCCCGAUAUGCAACCGUGCAGUAGGCCAGAUGACCUGGAUCAUCCUUCCGUGGAGCGUCCUCUACUUGCAACUGCAGGAGCUACCGCCAACGCAGGCGCAGAUUUACGUGCAGAGUCCUACGGUACUUUCAACCAAGUCCAUCUCCAUGAAGAUGAAGAUUGGACAGUGUACGUCGAUGGUUCGAAGCCCGAAUCCACUCCGCAGAAGCCGACUAUUUUCACAUGGCGAGUGACCAUGCUCAUCAUCGCCUUGGCAAUCUUCACUUACCACUCGAUGACGUAUGACCACCUGUUGCCCAUUUUCUUGCAAGACAAGAAUGCCAGCAGCAUCGCCAUGUCGUCGAAUUCGGCGUUCCGUUUUCCGGGCGGGGUCGGCCUCUCAACUCGAACCGUUGGGCUGAUCAUGUCAAGUGAUGGCAUAAUUGCACUUGUCAUCCAGAGCCUUAUCUUCCCUUUCCUGGCUCAGCGCCUGGGUGUCUGGCGGCUCUUUGUUGUCGUCACCAUUCUUCAUCCGCUAGCCUAUUUUAUCGUACCCUUCCUUAUCUUCGUUCCCAGCCAACAUGUGAUCUUCGGCAUCUACACCUGCUUGGUUGUCCGCAACAUCCUCUCCAUCAUCGAUUACCCCGUCCUUCUUAUUCUCAUCAAACAGGCCAGUCCCUCCGAUUCCGUUCUCGGCAAGAUCAAUGGCCUCGCGGCCUCGGCUGGCGCCUUCUCACGCACGAUGGCUCCACCGAUUGCAGGCUUCUUGUACAGUACGGGUUCCAAGAUCGAUUUCACGGCCCUGGCCUGGUGGGGAAGCACUUUUGUCGCAGCCAUUGGCGCUGUGCAGCUCUUCUUCAUUGAACAAAAGAAACAUGCCUCUAUCACGGUUCAGCCAGCUGCGCAUUGCCACUAUGCGUCUCAUGCCACGCCAGUCAAAGAUGAGACUGUCCAUAUCAUUGUGACAGACGUUGAUGGCGAUGGGACUGGCCAUGUAUAGGAGGACUAUUGUUUGAAGGCAACGGUAGGACUCAUUCAUGAGACUUAUUCGCGUGCGAGCUAUGCGUUCUAUCUUGCAUACUAUGAGACCAUGAUAUCGUUGUUAUCGAAAAUGUUCAUGAUUCGCUGUGCUGCAUUCUAGCGCUCAAAAGGUGUCCCGGAGUCUAUCACUGUAUAUAGAACGAAAUAAUAACAAAUCAUAUACUGCAUAU